AGAAGCUUAUUGGUCUCUUUGAAAAAAAAAAUUCGAUAAAAUUCUAAGUUUUGUUUCCGACAUUUUGAUUAUUCAUCAGUUUGAUCGGAAGCGUAAAAAUGGAGGAUCAAACUUCUGUAGCACAAUUAUUUGACUUGAUAGAGCCCUUAAUCAAGAUUCAAAGGCGUAAUAGUUAUUCCAUAUAGAGUAAAAAGUGCUACGGUCUUGCAUCCAGUGUAUUAUUCGUCUUUGUUAGGAACAAGGCUCUUCUCCUUCCUUUUCUUUGUUAAUCCUUUGUUAUAUUCAUAUAUCGAAAUGUCUUCCGAAAACACUUUUACUGCUUGGGCUGGUGUCAAGAAGGGUGAACCUCUUCAACAAAUGCAAUUGACUCUUAAGGAAUGGGAUGAAGACAGUGUUGAAAUGAACAUUACUCACUGUGGUAUCUGUGGUAGUGAUGUUCACACUCUUGAAGGUCACUGGGGUCCUACUGACUAUCCUUGUGUUGUCGGUCACGAAAUCGUUGGUGUUGUCACCAGAGUCGGUAAGAACGUUACCAACUUAAAGGUCGGUGACCGUGCUGGUGUUGGUGCUCAAUGUCACUCUUGCCACAAGUGCGAAAACUGUUUGGACGGAAACGAAAACAACUGUAGCGUCAAGUUCACUGGUACUUAUAACUCUACUUGGGAUAACGGAGACAAGACCUAUGGUGGUUAUGCUGACAAAUGGCGUGGUGACUACCGUUUUGCCUUCAAGGUCCCUGAUAACUUGCCUAGUGAAGUCGCUGCUACCUUCUUCUGUGCUGGUGUCACUACUUAUGCUCCUUUGAGACGUACCAACGUCAACGAAAAGUCUGUUGUUGGUGUUAUGGGUAUUGGUGGUUUGGGUCACUAUGGUGUUCUUUGGGCUAAGGCCAUGGGUGCCAAGGUUAUUGGUAUGUCCAGCAGUGAAAGAAAGCGCGAUGUUGCCAAGGAACUCGGCUGUGAUGAAUAUGUCAACACAAACGAUGAAAAGGCCCUUGCUGCUUACAAGGGUAAGCUCACUCAUCUUCUCUGUACCGGUUGUAGUGAAGACUUUACUUGGGAAAAGUACCUUUCUCUUAUCCGUACUAACGGUCAUUUCCUUAACGUCAACUUGCCUGACUGGAAGUUCCCUCCUCUCAGCCCUCUUACUUUGACUUUUGGUCAAGUCAACAUCUCCGGUUCUCUCAUUGGUUCUCCCAAGGAAAUUGAAGAAAUGCUUGCCUUUGCUGCUGAAAAGGAAGUUCGUCCCUGGAUCAGUCUUAUUCCUAUGAAGGAUGUCAACAAGGCUCUUGAAGACUUCAAUGCUGGCAAGCCCAGAUUCAGAUUCGUCUUGGAAAACUAG